GGGGCGGAGGACUGUAAACACCAACUGUGCUCUCCGGUUUACCUAAUGACUUGAUUUAUGAGACAGAUUAGCUGGAUGCCAGUACAUCAGAUGGCCCAUGAGCUAAGACCAACGACAAAAUGCUUCUUUAGCGCAUAAAACCCCGAAGCGCAAAAUGCGAUGCUAUCUUCGGGCAUUUCUCCUGUGCAUGGUCUUCACUUUCUUCUCUCUGCUGUACGUGUUCAGCCAGCUAGCCUCCACCUUAGAGCACGGAGACGAGUGGCGCGUCAAAGAGCGCGGCGUGCCCGACAAGAGCGGUCAUGACGCCGGGAGCCCUCUCAGGAAAAGCCCGGGACUUUCCGGCCUCCGAGGCCGCGGAGGGGGACUAGACAGGUGUAAGUCAGUUUCUUACUGGAGUCCGUAUUGGAGACUGCCUGCUGAUGUGUGUGGAGUGGACUGCUUGUUGGGAUCGUCUCUUAGCGCGAGGUCAGGCUCUGCAAUCAAGGGACACAGCAAUGAGAGGAGUCACCUGGCUGUGGUGGCCUGUGGCCCCAGGCUAGAGGAGACUCUCACCAUGUUGAAGUCUGCCGUUCUCUUCAGCAAAAAGCCUCUGCACUUUUACAUCUUUGCUGAGGACGAACUUCACGACAGCUUCAGAGACGCCCUGGAAUCGUGGCCCAGGAUGAUUCAGACCAAGUUCAACUUCACCAUCUACCCCAUCACAUUUCCCAAGGAGAAUGCAAAAGACUGGAAGAAGCUCUUCAAACCUUGUGCUUCUCAGAGGCUCUUUCUGCCAGUAGGUUUACAUUCAUUCUUUAUUCAUAACACUUGCAACAGUUCCACUUUUACAAAAUAUGCUCACAAGUUUUUUUUUUUUAUGUCUAUUUUCCAGCUCAUCCUAAAGGAGGUGGACUCUUUGCUCUACGUAGACACGGAUAUUCUUUUUCUGCAGCCGGUAGAGGACAUCUGGGCCCUGCUUUCACAGUUCAAUUCGAGCCACUUAGCCGCCAUGGCUCCAGAGCACGAGGAGCCACGCAUCGGCUGGUACAACCGCUUUGCCCGUCACCCGUACUACGGCAAGACGGGCAUCAAUUCAGGGGUCAUGCUCAUGAACAUGACACGCCUCAGGGAGAAAUUUUUCAAGAAUGACAUGACGGCAGUUGCCCUGAAGUGGGAGGAAAUUCUGAUGCCACUUCUUCAGAAAUAUAAACUCAAUAUCACCUGGGGAGACCAGGACCUUCUCAAUAUCAUAUUUUACCAUAACCCAGAAAGCCUAUACGUGUUCCCGUGCCAGUGGAACUACCGUCCAGACCACUGUAUCUAUGGAAGCAACUGUCAACAGGCUGAACAAGAAGGUGUCUUCAUUCUCCAUGGUAACAGAGGAGUUUAUCAUGAUGACAAGCAGCCAGCAUUUCGUGCCGUCUAUGAAGCCAUCCAAAAGUACCAGUUUGGUGAAAACAUGGAGGCGUCCCUGCUCCUGCCGCUGGAGGCGUCGCUGCGGACCACCACCCACACCUACUGCGGCAGAGCCAGCCACCUGUUCACCAAGAGGUUAAAACGGAGCAUCAUGUCCGUCCAACGGGACGCCCCGCCGGGAAGAUGAUGGGCUCGCCAUGCCACUACCUUUCUACUAUGAAUAGUGCCUGAGGUCUCUCUGAUGGCAGAGACUUGGACCGAAGUCGACUAACAGACUGAGGUCCAUGCUGAACAAUUAUUCAUUCACAAACCUCGUAUUAAGACGGUAGAAAUAACCUGUGGAGUAGAUUUGAAUUUUUAAAGCGAAGCCAAUGACAAUGUUUCAUUGAAUAUCUGUCCAAUGAGAACACACGUGCUUUCUCACUACCGUGCACUUCGUCCUGCAGAGAUUUUGGACUUCAUAGCCCACAGGUAGGACACUCCCUGUGUUCCAGACAAUCGUGUUGUAGUGUUAUUAUUUUCCUUUGUUUUACUGGGUCAGUACCUGUAAUCACUUUGUACAAUUGUUUAAGGGUUAUGUAAAAAAAGGAAAUGCAGACUUGUCCAGAGUAUUCUAUUAGAGUAUUAAUAUAAUUCAGCAGGUUGUGUAUUUUGUGUGUUUUUCAUUGCAGUAUAUCGCAGACAUGGUUGUCAUUGUUUUCAGGUACUUGUCAGCCACCGUAAGAAUGAAUGUUCUUCUAUUUAUAGAACAAGACAAGUGCUCGUGGAGAAUACUUCAUUGUGUCUGAUCAGUAUUUAUUAUUGUCGACAUCUGGGACACGAAGCACUUUUGAUGCUCCAUCGAUCAUUUCAUAUAUUACAAUGAGGGAUUUUUUUCAAUGCAUCGUUUACUGUACACUGUUAUUGCAUAUGAUUGGUGAUCAUUUCAUUAACGUUGGCAAUAAAAACACAACCUGUUACUGGUACACGUAGGAAAGGAAAGGAAAUUCUUAUCAAGCCAGCUGGGUCAUGACAUUUACUCCAAGGUACUGUAGUUCUAACAACAUUUGCACAGUCGAUUUGAGAAAUUAUAAGAACAAAAUUAUGUGAUGUGAUUUUAAUGUUUCACUGUAACGCUGGGAUACAUGUAGUAAAUGUAUGGUGAAAUGAUAUUUUAUACAUAUAUAUAUAUAUAUAUAUUAAAAAAAACGUUUUUAACAGUG